AUGUUCUCUGAUGUUUUUGAGAACCUAUUGACAGAAGUUUGGGAGACUCUUGACUGGAAAAAAAAUUGUUACCGGAGUCGGUGGCCGGAAAUGAAGAAGAAGAAGGAAGUGGGAAUGAAGAAGGAAGUGGGAACAGGAUGUGAUGAAGAUGACAAUGGGGAGGAAUCCAAUGAAGUCAACAGCGCCAUUACCACAGUCUUUUCUUUUCCAGUCACCGCCCUCAGUCGUGAUAAUAAGAUAACUGUGUUUAUCGUUUGUCUCUCCUUGAACUCACUUAAGAAUCUGGACAUUCGUGUAAAUGUGGAAGCUAAUCUUAAGCAGAUUAUGGAGUGGAAGAUGGACCACUUGGUGGGGCUUUUGAUAGGUUGGAAGAAGUUGAUUUGUUUGUUUUUUGAAUAUUAGAAUGUACCUUUUUGCCCCUAAUUGGUUCCUCCUUUAAUUUCGUUGAGUUGUAGCAUUACAAUACAUUAUAGAAAUGUCAUUAUUCCUUCCAGACUAAAAUAUUUCUGUCUUUUUGGUGUUCUUUUUGUUUUUUUUUUUUUUGUUUUUUUUAAUUCUUUUUGCUAUGUUUCAAGUUAGAAAUAUAGAUUGUUCAUAGUAUGUACUAAUGUAUUUAUGAG